AUGGGAAGUGCGAACAUGUGGUGCAAUGUGGUGCGGGCAGGCCGUGCGGAGCAGAGGAUGGAGCAAUCCAAGCUUCCGACAUGUGCGAAGGACUUUACGCGGCUGAUCGUGAGCUUGGGCAGGCGGAGGUUCUGGCAAAAAGCUGCGGCAGUUCUGUCAGAGAUGCGUCACACAAGCGGUGUGCAGCUUGAUGUCAUUGCUUUGGGAGCUGCCGUCAAAUCUUGCGCAGGCGCGAGCGCUUGGACAGCAUCUGUUCAGCUUGUAUGCAGCGCGGAGCAGGCAGGCGUGGACGCGGACAUGAUGACGCUGAACUCGAUGCUUACAGGCACAGAUAUGCCGAAAAGAUGGAGGCUUGCACUGGGCAUCUUGGACCUUCAGAGGCAUGGCCUGCUACCAGACAUUAUCUCGUAUAGCACGGGGUCCGCGGCAUGUUCUUUGGCCGGUCAUUGGAACAUGGUUUGCAAACUCUGUAGCGAGUUCAGCACCUGUGGGCUGGAGCAGGACGUCACGAUGCUCAGCACAGCUGUAACGGCAUUCGAGAAGGCCUCACAAUGGGAACGGAGCUUGUGCACAUUCGCGAAUGGUCGGCAAGUGCGUCGGCUUGCUCUUGACAGGCAUGCCUUCAAUGCAGCUGCCAGCGCUUGCGCCACGGGACAGCAACCCGAAUUGGCUGCGCGUACUGUGCAGGAAAUGAAGAGUUUGACGAUUCAACCAGACGUUUUCUCUUUCGGUGCUUUGGUGACUUCAAGCGAGAAGAGCCAGCUUUGGCAACGGGCAACAAACCUGUUGCAAGUCGGCCUCUCGCAAGGUAUCUGUGACGUCGUUCUGGCCAGCUCGACCAUCAGCGCGUGCGAGAAGGCCGCAAGGUGGCGCUGGGCCGUGGAGCUGGCGGCGACGCUGCGAUCGGGUUUUCCCAAAGGCCUUCGGCCGAACGAUGUUUUCUACAACGCCUUGAUCAGUGCAUGUGCUUCAGCUGGUCAAUGGCAAUUGGCUUUGCAGUUCUUGGAUGAGAUGCCACAGCUGGCAGUGCAAACGAGCAUCGUGUCCUACAAUGCUGCAGCGGAGGCGUGCCAGAGAGCGUUGUCUUGGGCUGGUGCGAUUGGCAUUCUGCGCCGAAUGCGUGCGCGGGCAGUGCAGACGGAUGUCAUCACACUGUCCCUUCUGGCUCCACCUUGCAUCUUUGCAAGCCAGUUUAACGUCUUGCCGGGACUUACCUCUCAAAUGGUGGGUUUUUCUAAAGCUCCUUUACAAGCACAGCACACAAUCACCGCAAUCGAGUUCCUGACCGAGCAUGCCUGCUUGCCGGAACGGGCUUUCCAGUCUUUUGCGCGCUUGGAGUGGAAAGUUCUUGUUCGCAAGCUACGAGAGCUCUGCGCACCCAAGUUUUCACUGCAUGCAGCAGAGAGGACAUCCCUCAGGCUGUUGGAUUGCAGCUUGAAUCGGUAUUUCACACUGGGCAUGCAUUUUGUCGACAAGACAUUGGGCAGCCUCUUCGCACAGGACCCACAUCCCUCCUGGAGCGGGUGCGGACGUGUUACUGCGAGGCGCUUGACGGCGGAACAUGCGGAACGUAGCUUGGAAACCUCUUUGGCUCUGGAAGAUGAAGCCAGCGCCCAUGGUUUGGCCACCUGGAUCCAGCGCUCCGUGGCAAGCCUGGCAAGCUCGAAGACUGGAAUUGCUGGAAGACAACUCGAAUCUGAUGGUUUUGCAGGCGUGUUCGGCUAUGGCAGCGCUUGUGCUGCACAGUCCUGGCUUCUCCCGGUGAAUGUGCAGCACGAUCGCUCCAGGCAUUCUGAGCGGCUGGCGUUGCUAGGCAUCCUUCACCGCGAGAUGACCACAAAAAGGCCGAAGGAGCAGCCAGGUAUAGCGCUGACGGCGCUGACUCAGUAUGUAGCGCUCCCGGGCAUCGGAAAGCGGAGACGGCGAAUGAAGCAGGCUCGCGUACUACGAAGAGUUCGGGAGCUGACACCAACCAUCGAGCGCUGGUCUCUGGCUUCGCAGGGCACCCCUCGAGCUGAGGAUGACCCUGACGGGCAGGUUAUGGCACAGGUUACUCAACUGUGGGAAGGCUUGGAACCGAAGCUCAUGUAUUUGCCAAGAGAAGAUCGCCUUCGUGCUUUAUCCGCACUUUGUGUGGCAGCGUUGGCACACGAUGGCCAGAUGCGGAAGUCCGGAGAGCCUUACAUUGUGCAUCCUGUUGCUGUGGCAGAGCUACUGGCGUUGCUGAAGGUGCAGGUGGACGUCAUCGUUGGCGGCUUGCUUCAUGACACUGUCGAAGACAACCCAAACAUUCACUUCGAGGACUUGGAGGAGAUCUUCGGGCCCGACGUCCGUCGCAUCGUGGAAGGAGAGACAAAGGCUUCAAAGCGGACGGCAUUGGGCGGACGUGGUGACUGGAGCCGACGCUACACAUCUCUGUUUAACAUCUUCUUUGGCAAGCAGACACCUUCAUCCACAUCGAGAGAUGUUGGCAAGGCCCGAGAACAAGCAGAAAAUCUGCGAGACAUGUUUCUGGCCAUGGCUGAUGACUAUCGCGUCAUCCUGGUGAAGCUUGCAGAUCGCUUGCACAACAUGCGCACCCUCCAGUUCAUGCCGGAGAGGAAGCGCAAGACGAUCGCAGCAGAAACGCUUGUGGUUUUUGCACAGCUUGCGCACCGGCUUGGUGUGUGGCUGUUCAAAACCGAGCUCGAGGAUUUGUCUUUCAAGUAUCUUUACCCGACUGAGUUUCGUCGACUCGACAAGCUGCUUAGCAUGAGGCGGGCACAGUACACAUCAACUUUGGCGGCAGCCACGCAUGAUUUUUCUGAGAUCCUGAGGGAAGAUGCGACUUUCAAGGAGCGCAAUAUCAGGCUAGAGAUUACCGGAAGGGAGCGGAAAGGCAUGUAUUCGCUAUGGGAGAAGAUGCGCAGAAACGCAAAAUACCAAAACAACAUUGACAAUAUUGAUGACAUCAUCGCGCUCCGAGUGGUGCUGGAUAUUGAACGGUACGAAAAUGAAAGCGAUGAUGAGUUCUCAAAGCGUGGAGCUAGCUUUUGCUACCAUGCCUUGACUUUGGUGCGGAAGCUCCCGAACUGGUCAGGAGGCGAAAGUCUCAAGAACUACAUUGCUUUCCCGAAGCCAAACGGUUACCAAUCACUGCAUGUGACCUUCAUUCAUCAUGAUGCUCCAGUGCCUUUGGAAAUACAGAUUCGAACCCGGCAAAUGCACGAAGUUGCCGAGUACGGCAUGGCUGCACAUUGGGUUUACAAGGACGAGCAGCGAGAUGACGGUGAGUCCAAGAUGCGCAGCCGACGAGUCGCAUGGUUGGAGUCACUUGCAGACAAAGAUGGAGAUUUGCGAAAAGAUGCGCAACAGUUCGUUGAAGAGGUUUUGCGUGAUGAGCUGGGGAGAAGGUGCUUUGUCUUCUUGAGAGAUGGAACUAUCAUGAAUUUAUCAAGAGGCUGCACUGCGCUGGACGCUGCCUUCAAGAUUCAUUCUGAGGUUGGGCUGCACAUGGUGCACGCCGUGAUAAAUGACAAGAAGGUGCCUCCUUUCUAUCAGCUCCAGAAUGGGGACCGCGUCAACAUCGUUACAUCGGAUGAUGCUUCCCCGCCGAGAGAAUGGUUGGCAUACGCAUUUCUUCGAUCCACACGGAACAAACUUGCUGCCUAUUUUAGAAGAAGCAAGAAGGACAAAGAACGUGCAGUUGAUCUCGCGGCAGCUUUGGCGACAGCUGCGACAGCAGCAGCUGCAAUACCACUCGUGCACUGA